GAACAGGGCAGGAACGCACCUAUUCCGGUUGCACAAUUCCGAGAAAGGACAAGCGAAAUCCAAGACCACCAAGGGAAAAACUGACAAUCUAUGGGAUGUUGUCAAUGGGAUGCCAUGGUUUAACAAUGCACCAUCAGCGGGGGUCUUGGAUCCAGGGGCUGCCAGGUGAUGAUUUGAUAUCAUCCACCCAGCAGGAAUGGACUCCAGCGUCGCCGUGACCCGUGACCAGGAUAACCAGUCUAGGAAGGUGCAGAAAGAGGUGGCGGUGGGCGACCACGGUGGAGACCACAGUGGGGAAGGUGGCUCGGCUGGCAGAGCUCCGAGCUCCCAUGAGGAAACGGAGACGUUUGAAGAGGACGUUGAAGGAUGACAAGGAACAGCUGGAGAAGAAGUGGCCUGACCGGAGACUGUGGACGACAUGUGAUGGAACGUUACCAUGUGGAUAGUACCUGGAAGAAGCCAAGAACUGGAAAGUCAACUCCAGCAGAAGGAGGUGUGGAGAAGAAUGAGAGGGAGCUCACAAAAGAGACUUCAGGAAAAGGCGAUGAAAGAGCAAAGAUGGACUCGUAUGGAGGGAUGGGCCCGAGAGAGAGAGAGAGGGCAAAUCGUCCUUGGUGAUCAGGGCUUGCUCGUCUGUUCCUUUCCUUUGUCCACGAGGAUGAAGGACGAAAGGAGGCACACAGAUGGAAGGAAAUUGGUGAGCAUGCACUGGAACUGGACCCUACCCUGAACUGGAAACUACCGGAACACCAGUGUCAUCGUCCACAGUGAAGCCAACAUUACAUCGUCAUGAACUAACAGGGCGACUUUCAAACUCUGGAUUCAGAUGACGUCACCGUUCUUGGAAUGGGCAGUGUAUCGACCUCCUUAACAAAACCAUGGAAAAAUACAACAACACGGCAAAAUGCAAACGAGCAAGGUUUAAGGCAACAAUGGACGAAGCAAGUGCAGAAACCGAGAGACAGAUGGACGGCCAACUGGAGUUCUGUUCUUUGCAGUGAUCAUUUCACUGAUGACUGCUAUGAAGGCACACCUUUACAAAGCUUGCUUGAAAAAGCAUGCUAUUCUGAUGGUACACGAAAAAAAGACAUUGAAGAACGAUCACAAAGUUGGCACAAGAGUAGAUCAACAUCUGGAAAGGAUUGUUGCUGUUAUGAAAGACCCAGCAGCUGAGCUAAAGCCUGAAAGGAAUGGUCCUCACAAGUUGAAAUCUGGAAGCCUGGAGAAGAACCUCAAGAACAAGCAUCAUGUAAGCAUCAUAGUGGGAAAAAAAGCUGAGAAGCUCCCCCGCUGCUUUCAGAGAAGUGAGGAGGAUUAAGCUGGCGCUCGGCGGAGGCACCCAGCCACUCUUCUCGCACAGGCACCCGGAGCUGGAGCCAUGAGCAGGGCGCUGACUGAGCACAUCAGCAGUAGCUUCCGCGAAGAUGCUCCUCGUCCUCCGGUGCCGGGGGAGGAGGGAGAGUCGUCAUGCUAUAUCUCCAGCAGGUCUGGGAAAAUGAAAGCCCUCAACAAGGUUAAAGACGCCGCUGUUGCCGCGCUCCCCGGUUCCGCACCACGGAGGAACGAGGAUGGACUGGGGGAACCGGAGGGGAGUGCGUCCCCGGACUCGCCGCUGAUCCGGUGGACAAAGUCUUUACAUUUUCUUCUCGGCGAUCAAGAUGGUGCUCACCUCUUCAGGACCUUCUUGGAGCAGGAUAACUGCGUGGACACGUUGGACUUUUGGUUCGCCUGCAACGGUUUCCGGCAAAUGGACCUCAAGGAUACCAAAACGCUGAGAGUCGCCAAAGUUAUUUUCAAAAAGUACAUCGAGAACACCAACAUUGUGGCCGAGCAGCUGAAACCCGCCACCAAGACCUUCAUAAGGGAUAGUAUCAAAAAGCAACAAAUAGACUCGGCCAUGUUCGACCAGGCGCAGAUGGAGAUCCAGUCCAACAUGGAAGAGAGUGCUUACCAGAUGUUUUUGACUUCGGACAUGUACCGCAACUACGUGCGCACUGGCUGUGAGAACGCGGCGUACGUGAAUCACGGGAACCUCAAGCUGAUGUGCGGAUAUCUUCCUCCUCUUCUGGAGGAAGAGGAGUGGAGCUGUCAUGACCUGAAGGCUAAAGCUUUAGCUUCUGUUAUCGGACUGUCUGCCAAAUCCCUGAGGGCCGCCGCGACCUUCGGGACAGCAGCUGGAAUCGUGGAGAACGGUUGCAGGGCGCACCAUCGAGGAGACAACGCCAGCCCUUAUUUUGUCAACUCUGGCUACAUUUUUGCUCCUGCCACCAGUGCCAAUGACAGCGAGAUCUCCAGUGAUGCUGCGACGGAUGAUUCCAUGUCCAUGACGGACAGCAGUGUAGAUGGAAUACCUCCGUAUAAGGUGGGCACCAAGAAGCAUCUCCAGCGGGAGAUGAAUCGCAGCGUCAAGAUCAAUGGACAGGUUACACUUCCCCACUUUCCCAGGACGCAUCGACUGCCCAAGGAGAUGACCCCCGUUGAGCCCUCGGCCUUUGCCGCCCAACUCAUUGUACGUCUGGAGAAGCUGAAGCAAGAACAGGAAACCGUGAGCUCGCUAGCGGAGAGACUGCAGCAGAUCCGAGAGGAAGAAGAAAGCAGCAACGACUCCCAUCAGGCUCUUCUUCCAUCCGGCAGCCAGUGUGAGGAAGACCCCCAAGCUAUCCUAGAUGAGCACCUCUUGCGGGUCCUGAAGACGCCCGGCUGCCAGUCACCCGCUGUGGUUCGCCACUCACCACGCUCGCAAUCCCCCGAACGGAGCGGCGCCUCGCUCUCUUCGGGCCACGCUUGUCCGGGGGCCGCCAGGGUUCCAAUGUCAGGGCGGCAAUCCACAAAACACACUCACCACCACUACAUCCACCACCAUCACGCCGGGCCCAAGACCAAGGAGCAGGCUGAGGUUGAAGCAGCUCAGCGUGUUCAGUGCUUCUGCCCAUCAGGAGGCACCAAUUACUCGGACUUUAGCCCCGCGACGCUGACGAGACGACCAAUGAAAUCCUCCACCGAGGGUUGGUCUUCACCAUGCCUUCCGCUCGAUGCAUCUGACCGGUCUCAGAAUGUCUGGCAGUGGAUUCUGGAGAGCGAGAGGCAGGGCAAACACAAGGCCCACAGCUCUCACGGCCUUAAGAAACCCAACCCUCUGGACUCCAAGCCUGGUCGAAUUCACUCCUUGUGGGGCGGAGGUGGCAUCGGUUCCGGCAUUCAUCUCCGUGGGCACCACCCUGGCCAUCCCUUCAUACUGGACCCGGCCAUUCCGCCUCUGCCGCCACCCAACACUUUAGCACAGCUCGAAGAGGCCUGUCGCCGACUGGAGGGGGUCUCUAAACCCCCAAAACAGAGGUUGGUCUCAGCUGCAAUGACAGCAAAGCUUAGCAAUCGCAUGACAUUUUCGUCUUUAAUUCAAAAUGUCUUCAGCUUCAGAGACAGGAACCAUCCAGCCACGGCCAUGCCUGCCGGAGGUAGCGCCAAAGCCACUUCGGGACUCCAGUCAGACGAGUCCAAGGAGCUCAUGAUCACCUACUUCUUCUGUGGUGAGGAGAUUCCUUACCGGAGCGUAAUGAAGACCCACUGCCUCACAUUGGGACACUUUAAAGAACAGCUCAGCAAGAAAGGCAACUACCGGUACUACUUUAAGAAGGCCAGCGAUGAGUUUGAGUGCGGCGCCGUGUUCGAGGAGGUGUGGGAGGACGCCUCGGUGCUGCCCAUGUACGAGGGCAAGGUCCUGGGGAAGGUGGAGAGGAUCGACUAAAAAAAAAAAAAAAGCAAACAAAAAAAAACAAACAGACCCAAACAAACUUGAGGAAGACACUUUGCAAUUCACCUUUUGUGUUUUUUUUAUGUUUUGUAUUAAUACUAAGCUAAACAAGAGUUAAUAUAUCCAGCACAAUAUGUGAUUGAAGGAAAACGAGCCAAUGAAGUAAUGCCUAACCCAGAGGAGGUGCCCCCCCACUCCCCCCUCCCUGAUUUUUCUCAACCAGUCAGCCUUAGAAAAACGUUGCAAGGGAACGACAUAAAGGACAACAGAUUGGAGGCCAGCGAGGCGGGACCCGUGCCGCUGUUUGAAUAUAACCACUGUUUUGAUUUGGCGGGACUGGAGAUGCGCGGCACUUCCGAUGACUGCAUUGCUAAUUGCUAACAUACAUGCGUAUACAGGAUGUAUAUAUACAUGUAUUGUAUUUCGAUGAGUUUAAAGUAUUUAUUUUGUACAAAAAAAAAAAAACUUUCUCGCCAUCGGGCAAGCUACUAUGAAUGCUGGGGGAGUACUGUCGUGAUUUUGUUGUUUUGUUUUUACGACACAAAAAGGACAAUACGCUAGCCUAGCACCUCCCAUAGCCUUGUUAGUCGGCCAAGACCAGUUUUUCUAUGCUGCUGAAAGUUUGCAAUGUUAGGUUUGUCACACGAGCGUUUUGCCGUUUGUUUUUCCGUUUGCCUCUUUAGUUUGGUGACAGAGCUCCAUGUUUUGUUGUGCCUUUGUUGGUAAACCAGGCUUUUGCACAGGGG